AUGAGUGACUACUACGGCGAUUCUGGCGAGGAGAGUUCGGGGUAUUCCUACAAGGAUUUUGCCAUUUACCAGUUCUCGGACGUCGAUGAGGAUGAUUCCGAUGUGGAAGGUCGUCCCAAACCGACUGGUGGUUUGGACAAUCAUGACGACGACAACGACAACGACGAAGAUGCCUUGUGGAACAACUGGGGCGAUUACGAUAAUGAAUCCUACGUGAUGCAUGCCCAGUCCGACAAUGAAGAAUUUGAUCUCUAUCAAUUUUCGGACGAGGACUUGAUUCCAGAAGAACCAGACGAAGACUGGAUCGUUGCAGCCUUGAUGAACAACCGCAGAGACUUUGAUCACUUGGAAUUGAUUCUCCCACAAAUGGAAGACUUUGCACGGUUCAUUCGAGCCUUGGAGAGGAACCAAGUGAUCAAGAGCGUCACAAUCUACGAGGCAUUCUUUGAUGCCAUUCCCAACAAAGAAGAAAAGGAGAUGCUGGCCGAAACAGUCUGCAAUAUUUCCAGCUUGGAAACUCUCAAAGUGUACUACCACAGCAGUCACUUUGUCGAGCCCUUGGAUCGAAUACGGCCGUCCGGGCUCAAGAAUCUUUGUCUCAUGUUCUUCCCAGAGAAACCGGACAACACCACGCUGACAUUAUUGACACGCUUGUUAAAGGGUGACAAUACUAGUACAUGUACCACCACAACGGAGCAGGAUGACACUUCUGGUGGAACAACAAUAACAACCACAAUAAACACACCACCGGCACUCCCCUUGACAUUAGAAUCACUGAGUUUGCGAUGUGACGUUAUGGACGAUGCCUUCAUUGAAUCCAUUGCUCUUGGAAUGAGAGUGAAUCCAUCCGUCACAACCUUGAGUUUUUGGGGCAACAAUGUGCAUGUGACAGAGGAAGGGGCCCUCAACAGCAGCAAGAUUGAUUUCUACUUGAGACUCAACCAAUGUGCCAUCCGAGACAUGCAUCUCUACGUGAACGCGGAGCCAACUGAAUUUCUGGACAAGAUUGUCAGUGAACGAGAAAGCACGGACCUUGUGUUUUAUCUGCUACAAACGAAUCCGUCUUUCUUGUCAUACUUGAAAGUGUAG